AUUAAUAGCUGUCAAAUGAUCUAACCUCUAUUUGUUACCGAUGUGUCAUUUAUGUGUUUAUUUUAGCGUUUAAUUGUUUGACCCUGUAAAUCUCAGUUGAAUUUUUUUCUCAAAAAAUUUGUCUGGUGUUAUGUCUGCGCUCGAAAAAUAUGAAAACGAUCCUCGAACACCCUGUAGGUAUGGGGAAAAGUGUUACCAAAAAAGUGUCGAACAUAGAAACAAAUUCAAACACCCCCCGAAAAAACUUAAACGCAAGUUUCACCAACAAAACAAUCCUUCAAAAAAAAUUAAAUUAGACGACGACACUCAAUCAAGUCCUGCAAACUCUCCCCAGGAUAACUCAACACAGUUAGAGGAAGCGAAGAAAAAGGAGUGUAUUUCUCCAAGCGGGUCAGAGGCAGAAGACGAUAAAGUUGAACAAAAUGCACCAGCUUCAUCAAAUGACACUGAAGACACAGAUUUAGGGGAAGUGAGGAAAAACGAGGUCAUUUCUUCAAGCGGGUCAGAGACAGAAGAUGAUAAAAUAGAGCAAAAAGCGCCUACUUCAUCGAAAGAUAUCACUAAAGAUAGUUCAGUUGAUUUAAAGGACGUGAAGAAAAGAGAGUGUAUUUCCCCAAGCGGGUCAGAAGGUGAUGAUAUCGACCAAAAAGAAUCAACUUCAGAACACACAAAUGACAAUGAGAAUGUACCUUUCGACCCUAAAUUAUUUAUCAAGUCAAGAUUUUUGGUAGAUCUCCCAAACGAUUUUUACCAAUUUUGGGAGUUCUGUAAACAGUUGAAACCAACUGACCCAAGUAAUGCUCUAAAAAGUGUUAAUUUAGAGUUAGUUGGGCCUUUUGACGUCCUUGCUGGCAAAUUUAAACGCGUUAAAAGGCCACCGGAAGAUUACUUAAGACAUUGGCGAUUUUAUUACGACACUCCCGAAUUACUAACUGUCCUUAAAGGAGAUGACAGUACUGGUUAUCACAUUGGUUAUUUUUAUGACUCUCCAAAUGAACCGCCCCAAGUUCUCGUUAGUAAUCACGGCACCAAAGACGGCGUUUUUACAAAAAUGGGUGACAAUAUUUUUGCGGCCGUUUGCUCUUAUUUAGGGGAGUUGCAACAAUCAGGUGAUCCGUUUAAAAAAAUGCACGUGGGAAAAUUUCUGACGCAACUUAAAACCAAGGCUCAGAAAUUACAUCUGAGCACUUCUGCACACAGUGAGAAAAUUAAGAAGAGGGGGAAUAAAAUUGUAGCUAAAACGUUCAAUAAAAUUGGACUUGUUGUUCCCUACGCUAGAAAGACUCAAUUAGGUUACCGCGAAUUGGCAAUGGGUGAUAAAGACUUAAUGGUUCUAUUGAACAAAUUAAACAAAGCUUCUCCUGAGCAAAAAAACAAGUAUUUGGCGGAUCUACAACCAGUUUUAACGUUCGCAAAUAUUGCGUUAGAUGAGUGCGAUUUUGGCACAGGUGUUAAACUUGGUUGGGAAUUGCUAUUUCAUGGCAUUGAUAGUUUAAAUGCAACGAUUGCACAGUUUCUGGGAAAUUCUAACAGGUUGUUGGGGAGGGAAGCUUUUGCCAAAAUCGCCGAAGCUCACAUGAACAACAGGAAAAAAGGAUGUGAUUUAAGUAUUUUGUAAAGAUUUUCUUGUAUUUUGUUUUAAUUUAAAUAAAAAAAAUCAGUUUGAA